GGCUGACAGCUUUCACUUCUGUCCGUCUGCUCCUCCAGAUGAUCCGCACACUCUCAGCUCUGAAGCUCGCUGUCUGAAUCCUCCUGGACCUGGAGAUAUGAGUUUUUACAGUGACGCGUCCACAGAAGACAUGAGCGACGAGCUGGAGACUUUGGGGUGGUACCACUAUGACCUAUCCCGCCAUGCUGCAGAAGCCCUUCUCUUGUCCAAUGGGACUGAUGGAAGUUAUCUCCUGAGAAACAGUAAUGAGGGACCAGGCUGCUUCGCCCUGUCUGUCAGGGCAAAGGAUUCUGUCAAACAUUUUCAUGUGACGCGCAAAGACAAUGCCUAUGCAUUUGGGUUUAAUGAGUUUUCAACCCUUCAAGACUUUGUAAACCACUUUGCCAACCAACCUCUGUUGGGCAGUGACGCAGGAACCCUUAUUGUACUAAAAUGUCCAUACCCGUGGCGAGUGGAGGAGCCGUCCAUCUAUGAGUCUGUGCGAGUUCAUACAGCCAUACAGACGGGUCGGACAGAGAAUGAUCUGGUGCCGACUGCUCCAUCGCUGGGCACCAAGGAAGGCUAUCUGGUGAAACAAGGGGCGUUUGUGAAGAACUGGAAACAGAGGUGGUUCACACUCAACAGACAUGAACUCAAGUACUUCAAAGACAACGCGUGUGUGGAGCCCAUUCGAACCCUGGAUCUGAGAGCCUGCACUGCCGUCCAGUUUGACUACUCUCAAGAAAAAGUCAACUGUUUCUGCCUGGUGUUUCCUGAGAGAACGUUUUAUCUCUGUGCAAAGACGGGUGUGGAGGCCGAUGAGUGGAUCAAGAUCCUGAGGUGGAAAAUGUCACAGAUGAGAAAAGGUCGAUGACUGCUGUCAGUGGAGACGCUGGAAAUGCAAACAUCAGCUGGAUGAACGAUGAAGUAACCACGGCUAGAAACCCAAGAGUGAACUUGUCCAUGGAUGAUACUGCGACACAUUUCCCUGAGAGUCACCGACUGGAGGCCAACAACUUGGAUGUGAUUCCACUCUUUGCUUUAUCACAUAGUUUAGUACAAAGAUGCUUCAUUUCUCACGAGUCUCCUGUUUAACAUGAACAUUUGCUUUAUUUAAAUGGUAUUUCUCACUCAGACAGGAAAAUUAUCCAACUGUUGUUGGGGGACUAUUUUAUUUUGGAGUAGCAGGAUGGUGUGUUGGAUUGAGUCAAAGUCAUCUGCAGUGUGUGUGUCUGUGUGUGUCUGUGUGUGUGUAUGUGUGUACAACGAUGUAGCACAUGGAAUAAAAUGAAAAGCAUGUUUUGUAAAUACUGUUUUUUCAUCAUUAAGUCAGUGUGAGAUGAUGAGAUUUGGAAUUGGCUUUACACGUUACAUUAAAACAAGUAAUUACAACGUAGAACCAA